AUGAGCUUCUUUUCGUUCGUUCACCAGAAAAAAGCAAAGAGAAAACCUUCGCGAAGCCCCUCUCCUCUCAACCACGACAAGCGGUCGACCUACUUGGCUAUGUCCUCUGAGCUUCGAUACACGGCCAACACUCAGCUUGAGCAUCUCCAUGCUCGUUACACUGGAACUGGUCACGCUGAUCUCACCAAAUAUGAGUGGCUGACCCAUCAGCACCGCGACACGCUCUCUUCUAUCGUCGGCCAUCCUACCCUCACUUCGUAUCUGGCAAUCGCUGAUGGUGAGGCUACCGGGAGGAUCAAGUUCGAGAUGACCGAGCGCAUGCUGCAGCCGUGCGGCCCGCCGCCCAAGAAAGACGAUUAG